UGCUGAUCGUAGCGAGUUGCGUGAUUCCAGUCUACAUCAAAAAUGAACGUCACAUCCGUCACAUAUGUAAAUGGCGAGGAAUAUAUAUGACGUAUCGAUAAUAUAAAGAAAAAAUUUCUUGCGCUUGGUAAACUAUACUUGUGCAAAAGGAUGAAGAGUUGACCUAUCAGGAAGAAUGGAAUGCCUUGUACAUUUACAACGAGCAUUGAAAUAAAAUCAAUUCGUUCUGUGCUAUUUAAAGUACAAGAUGGCAGACGUUGAUCCCGAGACUUUGUUAGAAUGGCUUAGUAUGGGGCAAGGAGACGAAAGAGACAUGCAGUUAAUUGCAUUAGAACAAUUAUGCAUGCUGUUGCUCAUGUCUGAUAACGUGGAUCGUUGUUUCGAAUGCUGUCCUCCGCGCACAUUCCUCCCAGCACUUUGCAGAAUCUUUCUAGAUGAAUUGGUGCCAGAUAGUGUGCUCGAAGUGACCGCUCGAGCUAUCACGUAUUACUUGGAUGUCUCCGCGGAAUGUACACGCAGAGUGGUUGCCAUGGAAGGUGCCGUAAAGGCAAUCUGUAGUCGCCUUUCUGGCGCUGGGCUCGGCUCUAGAGUCAGUCGGGACUUAGCGGAGCAAUGUAUAAAGGUGUUAGAACUUGUAUGCGCCAGGGAAGCGGGUGCUGUGUUUGAAGCUGGUGGUCUACCUUGCGCGUUGUGUUUUAUCCGAGAACACGGAGCACGCGUACAUCGGGAUACGUUGCACUCAGCAAUGGCAGUCGUUACUCGAUUAUGCGGCAAAGUUGAGCCUCAAGAUAAAACUUUGCCCGAUUGUGUCGAGGCUCUCUCGGUUUUACUCAGACACGAGGACGCGCACGUUGCGGAUGGAGCACUUCGUUGCUUCGCAUCGUUGGCUGACAGAUUUUCCAGAAGAGGGACAGAUCCCGCGCCAUUAGCAUCAAAUGGAUUAGUUUCUGAACUUUUAUAUCGAUUAUCAAAUGCAGCAGGCCCUGGUACGUCUGUUACAGCAACUUGUAGCAAUCCAAAAACACCUCCACCAUCCAGUACCGUCAGCACGGUUCCAACUCCGGAGCCAAAAUCUUGUGCCUCUGUUUCAACUAUAAUUAGUCUUUUAUCGACACUCUGUAGAGGGUCACCGUCCAUUACGCAUGAUCUUCUACGUUCGGAAUUGCCAGAUGCGAUAGAAAAGGCACUAAAGGGAGACGAACGAUGCGCUCUUGACUCCAUGAGGUUGAUCGAUCUUUUACUAGUCUUAUUAUUUGAAGGAAGAUCGGCGUUAGGCCGUAGCACUACCGGUGGUCCAUCUGGUCCUUUGUUACCAAGACUGAGACGUUUGGAUAGUGCUGGAGAAAAGUCUCACAGACAAUUGAUCGACUGCAUACGCUCCAAGGAUACGGACGCAUUGAUCGAGGCGAUCGACACAGGAGGAAUUGAAGUUAACUUUAUGGACGAUGUUGGGCAAACUUUACUCAAUUGGGCCUCAGCGUUCGGUACGCAAGAAAUGGUCGAAUUUUUGUGCGAUAGAGGUGCGGACGUUAAUAAAGGUCAACGGUCAUCCAGUUUACAUUAUGCGGCUUGUUUUGGAAGACCAGCUAUCGCCAAGGUUCUACUUAGGCAUGGUGCUAAUCCUGAUUUGAGGGACGAAGAUGGUAAAACACCUCUGGAUAAAGCCAGAGAGCGCGUUGACGAAGGGCACAGAGAAGUUGCAGCCAUUUUACAGUCACCUGGAGAAUGGAUGUUACCACCGAGUCAAGAGCAUAGGAAACUUGAGACGGAAAUGGAAGAAUUUACAGAACCUAAGGGAGAUCCGGAAAUGGCGCCUGUUUACCUAAAAAGAUUGUUGCCGGUGUUUUGUGCAACUUUUCAGUCGACUAUGUUACCAAGUGUUAGGAAAGCAAGUUUAAGUUUGAUUAGAAAAAUGGUGCAUUACAUCCAGCCAGAAUUGCUUGUAGAGACAUGUGGAUCUGAUAGAACUGGAGGAUGUGGAGCUAUGCUCGUUGAAGUGAUUGCUAAUGUUUUAGACAAUGAGGAAGAUGAGGACGGUCAUUUAGUCGUUCUGCAAAUGAUACAGGAUCUGAUGAUUAAAGGCAAAGAUGAAUUCUUAGAACAUUUCGCACGUUUAGGAGUAUUUUCAAAAGUUGCCGCUUUAGCCGGUCCACAAGAAAGUACACCCGAGCCGGAAGCGGAAUCGAAUCAAUUGGGAGAAGAACAACGAAUGGAAGAUGCGAAAGAAUUAUUAAUAGGGAGAGCGUAUCACUGGAGAGAUUGGUGCAUAUGCCGAGGACGUGAUUGUCUUUACAUCUGGUCCGAUGCGGCAGCUUUAGAACUAUCGAACGGAAGUAACGGAUGGUUUAGAUUUAUUCUUGAUGGCAAACUGGCGACUAUGUAUUCUAGUGGAAGUCCGGAAGGUGGAACAGACACAUCGGGAAAGGGGAGGAACACAGAGUCGCUUACCACUGAAGAAAACCGUGGUGAAUUUCUUGAGAAAUUGCAAAGAGCACGUAGCCAGUUAAAAGUGAAUUUUGUAAGUCAGCCUGUCCUUUCUCGCCCUGGUACUACGCGCUUGGUCGUGGGAAAUUGGGCGUUAUCCAGUAGAAAAGAAAGUGAAUUGUGUAUACAUAAUAGUGAUGGACAACAACAGGCGACAAUUUUAAGGGAAGACUUGCCAGGUUUCAUUUUUGAAUCGAACAGAGGCACUAAGCAUUCUUUUACAGCAGAAACAAGCUUGGGUCCAGAAUUUGCAGCAGGAUGGACUGGGAAAAGAGGCAAGAGAUUAAGAUCGAAGAUCGAAGCGAUUAAACAGAAGGUUAAAGUGCAAGCGCAGGAGAUAUACGAGCGUUACUUUAAAGCGGCUCAAGCUCAACCACGCGGUGUAGUUGCUAAACUUGGUGCUAUUGUUAAUCAAAUAGAAAAAGCAUCUCAAAAGCAACAAUCUGGAAAUCGUGAGUGGCGCGAUUUAUUGCAAACUGCGUUAGAACAACUCAAAGUAUUAUUGAAUGAAGAGGGUCGAGUAUCCGCGUAUGAGCUGCACUCGAGUGGUCUUGUACAAGCGUUACUCGCUUUGUUGGCUGCGCCUCUUGGAUCCUCACCCCCGACCCUGAGAGCGACGAAACUUAGGAUGCAAAGGAUAACUGCAUUCAAGAGCUGCUUCCAAACAAAAGACACAAAUAAGGAGCAUAAUUCGGCAAAAAUUUUAGUCCAUAAACUGAUUUCGGUGCUGGAAUCGAUAGAAAAAUUACCUGUAUAUCUGUAUGACACCCCUGGAUCAGGUUACGGUUUACAGAUCUUGACGAGGAGAUUACGCUUUCGAUUGGAAAAAGCUUCUAGUGAGAGCGCGUUAAUAGAUCGAACUGGGCGUAGCUUAAAAAUGGAACCAUUAAGUACUAUACAACAAUUGGAGAAUCAUUUGUUAAAAAUGGUGGCAAAACAAUGGCAUGAUCAUGAUAGGUCGACAUUUGCUUUUGUGAAGAGAUUAAAGGAAGAAAAUAAAAUAACGUUCAAAUAUCAGCAUGACUUCGACGAGAAUGGUUUGCUAUAUUGGAUCGGAACAAAUGCUAAAACUUGUUCAGAGUGGGUAAACCCGGGUCAAUAUGGCUUAGUUGUCGUGACGUCAAGCGACGGAAGAAACCUACCAUACGGCCACCUGGAAGAUAUACUCAGCCGUGACCCAUCAGCAUUAAAUUGUCACACUAACGAUGAUAAACGAGCCUGGUUCUCGAUAGAUCUUGGAGUUUGGAUUAUUCCAAGUGCUUAUACUUUGAGACACGCGAGAGGAUAUGGUAGAAGCGCAUUGAGAAAUUGGAUGUUUCAAUCGUCAAAGGACGGUAUUACCUGGAUUACAUUAUAUGCUCAUGUAGAUGACUGUUCUUUAAAUGAACCGGGCAGUACAGCUACCUGGACGUUGGAGCCACCAAGUGAAGAGAUACAAGGCUGGCGACACUUGCGUCUACAGCAGAUUGGAAAAAAUGCUUCUGGACAGACGCAUUAUCUGUCCGUGUCUGGUUUUGAGGUUUACGGAGAAGUUACUGGAGUAUGCGAAGAUUUAGGUCGCGCAGCCAAGGAAGCCGAAGCCGGUGUGCGGAAACAAAGAAGAUUUAUUAAGACACAAGUUCUUAAACAUUUAGUUGCAGGAGUUCGUGUAGCUAGAGGUCUGGACUGGAAAUGGCGAGAUCAGGACGGUGUACCACCAGGUGAAGGUACGGUUACAGGAGAAUUACAUAACGGAUGGAUUGACGUAACCUGGGAUCAUGGUGGUUCCAAUUCGUACAGAAUGGGUGCUGAAGGAAAAUACGAUCUCAGAUUGGUUGGUGCUGGUCUUGAUGCAGACAAUGCGGCAAAGUGUAAAAGUGGCGGAGGAGUUUUAACAGGCCGUAAAUCAAACAGCACUCCUAGUUUACCCGAUUGCACCGAUACCGCUAUGCACGGUUCAGUAGCCUCUACGGAUCAAGCUGCGAGUGCGGACAAUCUAGCGGCAAAGCAAGCUGCUGAAUCCAUAGCUGAGAGUGUACUAUCGGUAGCUCGUGCGGAAGCAGUAGUUGCCGUAACUGGUGAGAGUGGAGCAAACUCAACUGGUGAACUUUCAGUUGUGUUACAUCCCAGACCAGAUACCACUGUUACUAGCGAUUUGGCUACUAUCGUUGAGAGCCUCACCCUCAACACAGACUGUCCGGUUAAUACUACUAGCAAUCGAGCAUCUAGCUCGAAACCACUCUUCGCUACUGUACGAGGAAACAAGGCUAGUGGAGGUUUGUUAAGUUUGGAGACCGCUGAAGUUCUCGACCGUAUGAGGGAAGGCGCUGAUAGAUUGCGCAACAAUACCAACAGUUUUUUGAGUGGUGAACUACUUGGUUUAGUUCCUGUUAGAAUCAGCGUUUCUGGCGAGUCCGAUGAAAAUUCAUUAAGGAUUAAAUCUGUUCCAAGACAUCCUACCGGUAUCACGGACGUUGCUAAAGACUGUACUCGAGAGAAAGAAGCUAGCUCAUCUACGCAAAAUACAACAGGCGGUUGUCCUGUUGUGGUUACCAAUCCCAUGUCUGUUUCUGUGCCUAAUCUUGCUUGUUCCGAUGCUAACAAUACCUUGGAAUCAACAGCUGCUACUGGUUUAUUGGAAACAUUUGCUGCAAUGGCACGAAGACGAACAUUAGGACCUGCAGGUGGGCAGCAUCUUGCUUCAAAUUCUAAUACGAGUUGUAACCCAAUUCGAGGACCGAAUUCUGUAUCUAGUCUCGUACGAUUGGCACUCAGUCCCAAUUUUCCUGGUGGCUUGCUUAGUACAGCGCAAAGUUAUCCAAGUUUGACAAGUAGCGGACAAGUAGCUGGUAGUGGCGUUACUACAACAACUGGACCAGGUUUAGGACAAGCGCUUACUAUGUCUUUAACUAGUACAAGUAGCGAUAGUGAACAGGUCAGUCUUGAAGAUUUCUUGGAAUCCUGUGGAGGUGUAGCGACUUCUAGUACUGGUGGUGGUCGUACUACUGGUGGACCUACACUUUUGACUGAAUUAGAGGAUGAUGAAGACGGUGUUCUAGAAGAGGAAGAAGAUAAUGAAGAAAAUGACCAAGAAGUAAUUAAUUGUGCAUUUUUAUUAAAGGAGGAAGAUGAAGAAAAUGAGGAAGAAGGUGACGGUUGCGAAGGCGAAUAUGAAGAAGUAAUGGUAAGUCGUAAUCUCUUAGCAGCAUUCAUGGAAGAAGAAGCACCACAGAGUAGCAAGAGACGUGCAUGGGAUGACGAGUUUGUAUUGAAACGUCAAUUUUCCGCUCUUAUUCCCGCUUUUGAUCCACGUCCUGGCCGAACAAACAUUAAUCAGACAACAGACUUGGAAGUUCCUCCUCCUGGCAGCGAAGCGCAAGUUAAUAGUCGCAUAGGAUCAUUGCCUAUGCCUAGACUUUCUUUGUCAUUGAAAGGACCAGGCUUUCCAGGCAUCCCAGAUGUUGAGAUAUCGCUUUCUGAUUCGCACGCUAGUAUUUUUCAAGCAGUCCAGGAACUAAUGCAAUUAACCGAACUGGGUAGCCGUCAAGAGAAAUUAAAAAGGAUAUGGGAACCAACCUACACAAUAAUAUACAAGGAAUCCAGAGACGAGGAGUCGUCUGGCAGAGCGACACCGAUCGUAACAUUGUACUCUCGCAAUCCAACUCAAAACGUAAACGCAUGCACUGUUGAAGAUGUUUUGCAACUCUUGAGACAUAUAUUUGUCUUGGGCACUAUUCGGGACGAAUGUGCUUUGACAGAGCAGGACGAAUCGAAUGAUACAACCUAUUGGCUUCACCCAGACGACUUCACAUCCAAAAAAAUCACGAACAAGGUCGUACAGCAGAUUCAGGACCCAUUGGCUCUAGCCGCUGGUGCACUACCCAAUUGGUGUGAAGAGCUCGCGCGAAGCUGUCCGUUUUUGCUACCUUUUGAGACAAGACGACUCUAUUUCAGUUGCACUGCUUUUGGUGCUUCACGGUCUAUCGUAUGGUUACAAACACAGCGAGAUGCGAUCCUCGAGAGACAAAGGGCACCGGGUCUGAGUCCACGGCGUGACGAUAGUCACGAAUUUCGUGUCGGCAGGCUUAAGCACGAGAGAGUGAACGUACCGAGGGGAGAAAAGUUAUUGGAUUGGGCAGAGCAGGUGUUGAAGGUACACGCGAGCCGCAAAAGUAUACUCGAAGUAGCGUUUGUAGGAGAAGAAGGUACUGGUCUCGGACCUACCUUAGAAUUUUUUGCACUAGUCGCAGCAGAAUUACAACGUAAAGAUCUGGGUCUUUGGUUAUGUGACGACACAGCUGACAACAGCAAUGCCACGCGAAUCGUAAAUGAAGAGCAAACGUGCGUUUCCGGGGAGAAGAUUCGACCUGCAGGUUAUUAUGUAACGCGAGCUAGCGGUUUGUUCCCAGCCCCAUUACCGCAAGAUUCGGUAUGUUGCGAUCGUGCUGUUCGAUAUUUCUGGUUCCUAGGAGUCUUCUUAGCAAAAGUUCUCCAGGAUAAUAGAUUAGUAGAUUUACCAUUAUCCCGUCCAUUCUUAAAAUUAAUGUGCCGUGGUGAUAUCUCGAACAAUGUCAAUGAAAAGAUUGGUCUUACCGGCGUUACGCAGGAGAGCAUGUCGUCUAGCAUGUCGAGUAGCUUUAUAUCGGAAGAAGGAGAAAACGAUGCUGCAUACUCUUCAUUAGAACCUUGUCCAUGGUUCGCUGGUUUAUUAGACGUAGAAGAUCUUGUCGAGGUUGAUCCUGUACGGGGAGAAUUUCUAAAAGAAAUACAAAACGCAAUCACAAAGCGUGACAGAACCUUUUCCAAUGGUCCAAGCUCCACUGAUGAAGAAACUUCAUUGUACAUUACUCAUUCAUCGGGUACUUCAGUGGCUAUUGAAGAUUUAGCACUAACCAUGAUUUAUUCACCAAGUUCGAAAGUUUUUCAACAUGACCAAGUGGAAUUGAUGGAAGAUGGCUCGGAUAUCGCAGUAACGAUAGAAAACGCAAGAGAAUAUGCGAAUCUUACCAUCAAUUACUGCCUUAACCAGGGAAUUUAUAGGCAACUUGAAGCAUUCAAGUCUGGCUUUUCCAAAGUUUUUCCAAUGGAAAAACUUCAUGUUUUUAGUCCAGACGAAAUGAGAGCAAUGCUUUGUGGAGAACAAAAUCCACAAUGGACAAGAGAAGAUUUGCUCAAUUAUACCGAGCCAAAACUAGGAUAUACAAAGGAAAGUCCUGGUUUCCAAAGAUUUGUCAACGUAUUGUUAUCAUUGACUGGCUCUGAAAGGAAAGCGUUCCUGCAGUUUGCCACUGGUUGUUCGGCUCUGCCUCCAGGAGGUUUAUGUAAUCUACACCCCAGAUUGACUGUCGUGCGAAAAGUGGAUGCUGGUUCUGGUGGUUAUCCUUCUGUUAACACCUGUGUUCAUUACUUGAAAUUACCAGAAUAUCCUACUGAGGAGAUUUUGAAAGAAAGGCUAUUGGCUGCUACCCGAGAAAGAGGGUUUCAUUUGAAUUAAAUUUGUUAUUUUGUCUCAAGAUUCAAAUUAGAUUAUGUAUAGAUUGUGCGGAAAUAAUUAUACUUAAUAGAUCGGUGUGUGUAUGUGUAUGUAUGUAUGUAUGUGUGUGUGUGUGUGUGUGUGUGUGU